UUUUUUUCUUUUUUUUUUUCCUGGUUUGCUAAACGCUGCGGGCUCUUGGACGCCUGGCGUCUUAGACCCUUUGGGGGCCGCGAGAGCGCCCCCUUGUCCCGCCCCUUGGCGGGUUCAGCUUCCACCACCAUGGCUCCUGUGUCGGGCUCGCGUAGCCCUGAACGGGAGGCCUCCGGGGGAAAACGGCGCAGUUCGUCGAGGAGCCCUAAGCCCAGCAAGUCUUCCCGCUCCCCGCGGGGUCGCCGCUCUCGCUCUCGCUCUUGUUCUCGGCUCUGUGACCGGAAUGGUCUGAGCCAUUCGCUGAGCGGCUUCAGCCAAAGCUCUCGAAACCAGUCUUAUCGCUCCCGCUCUAGAUCGCGUUCUCGAGAGCGGCUCUCUGCGCAGCGGAGUGCCCCUUUUGCUUCUGCAUCCUCGUCUGCCUAUUAUGGCGGCUACUCGCGCCCCUACGGGGGCGACAAGCCAUGGCCAAGCCUGCUGGACAAGGAGAGGGAGGAGAGUCUGCGGCAGAAGAGAUUAAGUGAAAGAGAGAGAAUUGGAGAAUUGGGAGCUCCUGAAGUUUGGGGACUUUCUCCAAAGAAUCCUGAACCAGACUCUGAUGAACAUACACCAGUAGAGGAUGAAGAGCCAAAGAAAAGCACUACUUCAACAUCUAGUUCAGAAGAUGAAAAGAAGAAGAAAAGGAAAUCCGGUCAUUCAAAAGAAAGAUCCAAGAAAAGGAGAAAGAAAAAGUCAUCUAAAAGAAAGCAUAAGAAAUAUUCUGAAGACAGUGACAGUGACUCUGAGUCCGAAACAGACUCCAGUGAUGAAGAUACAAAAAGAAGAGCAAAGAAAGCUAAGAAAAAAGAAAAAAAGAGAAAACGGAGAACGAAGAAAUCUAAGAAAAAGAAGUCUAAGAAGAACAGAAAAGACUCCAGUGAUUCAAGCUCCAAAGAGUCCCAAGAAGAAUUUCUAGAGAAUCCUUGGAAGGAUCGAUCAAAGGCAGAAGAACCAUCAGAUCUCAUUGGCCCAGAGGCUCCCAAAACAAUUGCUUCCCAAGAUGAUAAGCCUUUGAACUAUGGCCACGCUUUGUUACCUGGUGAGGGUGCAGCUAUGGCUGAAUAUGUGAAAGCUGGAAAGCGAAUCCCGCGAAGAGGAGAAAUUGGCUUGACGAGUGAAGAGAUCGCAUCAUUUGAAUGUUCGGGUUACGUAAUGAGUGGUAGCAGGCAUCGUCGAAUGGAGGCCGUGCGACUGCGGAAAGAGAACCAGAUCUAUAGUGCAGACGAGAAGAGAGCCCUUGCAUCCUUUAACCAGGAAGAAAGACGGAAGAGGGAGAACAAGAUUCUGGCCAGCUUUCGGGAGAUGGUGUACAGGAAGACCAAAGGGAAGGAUGACAAGUGAGGACUUUCCCACUGUACAAGUGGACAUUUCUAACAUCAAAAAGGAAAUUGUGGGUUCUAGGCAUAAAAAGGUUAUUGUUUUGUUUGUUUUGGGGGUUAUUUUUUGAUGUGUGGUUUCAAGCAGUUCAGGUUGGCCUCGGGCUUUGUGGCGAAGGAUGACUCUGAGCUCUUGGUCUCCUGCCUCUACCUUCCAAGUGUUGAGAUUCCAGAUGUGUGCCACUAUGCCCAGCCAAAAAGGCUACUGCGCUCUGGAAUGGCUUUUCAGUGCUUCCGUGCCUUCUGAAUCCUUCAGUCCUUCAAUAAAAGAUGCUUGUUGAUACAA